AUGGCACGUCUCAUUCGCACGCACCUGGACGAAGCAAACACCCCAGGUCCUCGAGCAGCACCAUCUACAUUAUCGCCAGACGCAUUUUCUUCUGAUAAAGAAAACCACAUCAAUAAGAGAAGCACCGCUGUGAUGGCACCGCCUUCACAGAGGAAACGACAGCGACUAGCUGACCGCCCCUUGAAUGCUCAGCCUGUCCAAUCCGCCCAAUCUUCUCGGUCUGCUCAGUCCGCUCGAACUGCGCAGUCGCAAGCAUCAUCUCAACGAACUGGCAGCGACACACGAUACUAUGACCCUGACCAGGAUCCCGAAGAACGGAGAAGUGUACGGAGAGGACUUCGAGAUCUGGGUAGGGAACUGAAUGACACACGCGGCGAGCUCAUGCAGCCUGGAAAUGAUGGUAUCCUCAACAUUGUCGAACAAGCAAAUCAAUUCUACGCCAAAGUGAAGCAGACCGCCGAUGCCACCCUCGAUUCGCGCAUCCUAGUCAACACCGCCGACCUAACGCACAAGAAAGCCACCCAGCUCGCCCUCGGUGACACCUCUGCCGGUAUUGAUGUAGAUGAGUUUGUCUCCAAGUGUGUAUCGUUCAUGCGUCGCGGUCCGAAUAAUGCGACGGCUUCGGCAAAUGGGACACAGGGACGCCGAGCGCGCCCCGGUAGAAGCCAAAGAGAUCCCGAUGCCAGUGACGAAGAUGACGGCGAUGCGAUGAACUGGGAUACGCUUGGCCGAUCGGCCUGCUUCCCUAACAAUGCUCGUCCGGCUGUGUCUGGAUGGUUGCUGGGACCGCUAUCAGUACAGAAGCGUACGCGGCAACUGACACAGCGAAGAGCAGUGGAGCGUAUCGAUCCGACGCAAGCUGUGGCGCCCCGAGAAAUGGCGCAGGACGAGCUUGGCCAACAGGACAGCACGAAUCUGACCCAGAUCUGUUCCGAGAUCAAUAAACUGCUUGCCAAUAACCAGAGUAAGCGUCAAGAAGCUGCCGAGCGUGAGCUUAGUAGCCAAACAAAUCUUACACCGGAGAAGGCGCAACAGAUCAUGGAUAAGUACAGCGUGGCGGACGACGGGGGAAUUCCCUUGUUUCGUUUCUGUAUCAAUCCGAAAUCUUUCGGGCAAAGCGUGGAAAAUCUGUUCUACGUGAGUUUCCUCGUGCGAGACGGUACAGUGGGUGUAUCAACAGAUAGUCGCGACUUGCCGACGCUGCAUGCGGCCGCGCCAUUCGCCCCUAGUGAAGCGCAAAAAAAGGGCGUGCAGAAACAUCAGGCGGUCUUUAGCCUUGACCACGAUACGUGGCACGAAAUUAUCGACGUGUUCAAAAUUAAGGACUCGAUCAUCCCCCACCGCGAAGAGAAGGAGCAAGAGACUGGCACAAGUUGGUAUGCCUAA